AUGUCUCUUUACGUACCGCCUCAUCGAAAGACGGACGAUCAAUCGAAAGCAGAGGAACUGACCGAUAUGACCUCCGAGGCUUACCAACAGGCCGCCUGGCAAGCCCUCCGACGUACUUUAACGGGCAUUAUUAAUCGGCUGAGCGGCGAGAACCUCGCGGAUUCGGCCACCCAGCUCUUCCGCGAGAAUCUCAUUCGCGGGCGGGGGCUUUUUGCGCGGUGUUUAUUCCGCGCCCAACAGGCCGAUCCCGAACUCACGCUUCUCCUUUCCUCCUUGGCGAGUCGUAUUAAUAAGGAGUUCCCUCACGUGGUAUUCCUGCUUUGCAAGCGCCUGGUGGCGCAAUGGCGGCGGACCUACCUCCGAAAGGAUUGGCAAUCGCUCGAGAAUAUCAGCCGAUUCUUGGCGGGGUUGUACAUCUUCAACGUCGUCGAGGUGGAUAUUAUCUACCAGAUCAUCCUGGAGCAUCUGGGUUCGGAAACGCGCGGCGAGGAAGACAUUGAUCAGGCGGCGAAACUCUUCCGCGCGACCUUCCGCGCGAUGUCCGAGCGCGCGCGAGGGGAGUUUCACGAGCAGGUCCUCACCCCUUUUCGCGAUUUUUUAGCCAUGGACGAUGACUCCGCGCGUCUUUCCGCGCGCGCCGAGGCGGUGCUGGAAAGUUGCCUCAAGGAGGUUCAGAAGUGGGAGCGCGCGAAGGACGAGGUGAGCGUGAUCCCGGAGAAUCUACUGCUCAUCGACCUCAACGCGCAAACGACGCAUGCACUAAACCUGGAGGAAAAGUACGCGCCGGAGGAUCACCUGGAUCGCUACGCCUUUGAUAGCGCGUACGUCGAGCAUGAGGAAACCUAUGAGGUCGCUCGCAAGGCGAUUCUCGGCGAAAACUGGGAGAUGGAGCUCCUUGAGCGAGCCGCAAUCGCCGAGGAGGAGGAUUCGCAGGACGAAACCGAUGAAGAGGAUGCAAAGGGAAAUGAUAUAGAACCUGGUAAAUCCUUUGCUAAUGCCAAAGAAAGACAUCCGCCGAAUAAAGAGGCGACGGCGCAGCGCGCGCUUGACUCCUCGAAGCCGGUAAUUUCCAACGAGCAGCGGCAGCUUCGAAAGGAGGUUUAUUUAGCGAUCUGCAGUAGCGUUCGCGCGGACGAAGCGGUGCAUAAAAUCUUAAAGCAAAUGAAGUCAGGGACGGAGCGGACGGUGUGCUUUAUGGUUAUUGAAGGAUGCUGUGAAGAGAAAUCCUACCGAAAGAUGUACGCCAUGGCGGCUGAGCGACUUUGUAAAAGCAAAACCCACUUUCAAACCUUUUUUAUCGAGGCUUUUCUUGAGCGGUAUAUCGAUGCAGAGGAUUUAACGCUGAAGCAGAUCGAAUACACCUGCAAAAUUUACACCCAUCUGCUGCGGACGAAUUCGCUAUAUUGGCACCGGUGCCUUGGGGUGAUGGAUAUCCUGUACAACAACGAAUCCCAGCGUUUGUUUAUCAAUUUUCUCCUCCAAGGACUCAUGGAGGAGAUGGGCGAUCAGGCCCUGCGAAAGCGCCUGGAGGCCGAUUCCGAAUUGGCGUUUUAUAUUCGUAAGCUAUUUCCCGUUGAGCAGGAUGCGGCCUCGUUGGAAACGGCCAUCAACCUCUACGCGGCAAUGGGGCUUUCUUAUCUGACGACGCCGAUGCGCCUUGCACUGGAAAAGCGACGCGGGUCCGAGCGAAAGCGGUCUCGCGUCGAGGAUGAUCGGGAGUACGUCUGA